AUGACUCCUCCAUCCAUGUCCUUGCCCCACGGGCCAUCAAGCCCACAUUCAUCAAACGAUGAGCCUAAACGGAAGAGGGUCAAGAAGGCACCUCAGGGACCACGAUGUCAAUUUUUCAUAGAGCGCAAGAAUCGGCAAUGUCCGUUACAAGUGCCCGCGGGCAAGAAUUGGUGUCGCCAACAUGAUCCAGAUCAAAGUGAAAGAGUCAAAUGCCCUCUAGACCCAACUCACAGCGUUGUUAAGAUUCAUUUGGCUGAUCAUUUACAAAGAUGCAAUAAGCGUUUUAAAGAAAAGCCAUGGUUUAAGAAAGACUAUCAUUGGUUAUCCUACAAAGAAGAAGCAAAAACGAUCAACGGCAGGUCCGAAGCUGCAGAUGGAUAUGAAAAGGAGUCAGAAUUGGAUGCAUCUAACACCAGAAGCGGAGAGUGUGAACAGGAGACAAUCCUGCAAGAAUGCGAUAAGGAAUCUGAUGAUCUUUGCAUUGCAACAUCAACUGCAAAUGCCGCACAAACUCAAUUGAUCAAGUAUGUCGUAUCUGUGUUGGAUGGGAUUACUUUUGAACCAUUGAAAAAAAAGCACCUUCACCAUAAAGGCCUUGAGCCUCGACUCAAUCAGGUUACGAAUCAGAAGCAUGCUCUUCAACAGCUGAGCCUCAUUGGAUCGCUAAAGGAAUAUGAUAUGCUUUCGGAAAACAACUAUUACGUUGAAUUCGGGUGCGGUAAGGCUGAGUUCUCCAAGUAUGUUGCAGAUUGCAUUACGCAUGACAAUCUGAAUACGCUGAUGGACAAGCUCGGAUUUGGGUUGAUCGACAGAGGUGUCAACAGACUCAAGACUGAUGGUAAGCUUAAACAAAUCACUCCACUGGUCAAACGAGAUCGCAUUGACAUUAAGGACUUGGACCUUGAAAAAUUCCUCGAGGGAGAACCGGCAACCCUGGUGGUUGCGAUACUGAAGCACUUGUGUGGUGUAGCUACAGAUUUGACUUUCAGAUGCCUUCACACUAUACAGAGUCGAGUAAAAGGAGCUGUAGUAGCUAUGUGCUGUCGCCACGUGUGCAAGUAUCAUCAAUUAUCUCCUGAGGCACGUCAAUUCUUAGCUCGACACCACAUUAAGGCAGAGUCACAUUUUAAAGCUCUUCAGAAAGUAGCACUGUGGGCCGUCGAUGGAGGUAAAGACGUGGAGGUGGGAUUGAAGGCCAGGCGGCUCAUCGAUGAGGCACGUGUACAGGGGGUGCGGCAGCAAUUUGCGCAACACCACGUCGAACUCAUCGAGUACGCCAGCCGUGAAACCACUCUUGAAAAUUGUGCUAUGUGUGUAUAUAUUAAGCGUUGA